GACCGCAGUUUCCUGCGCCUCUCCGUUUAUCUGCUCUCAACUAUUGGGAACGGAGGAGACCGUCGGUUCCGCUUAUCAAAAAUGACUCUCCACACGUAACCGCCGCAUGCGAAUGCCUUCUUCUAAGUGUACACCUCGGAAUUUGGACCAAAACAUCGCAUUGCCCCUGCCAAAAGAGCGAUCAUAAUGCCUCAGUGCGGUUGUCCGGAGCCGCUAUCAGCUGUCCAGCUCAAGCGACUGGAGGAACACAAGUACAGCGCGGCUGGUCGCUCUCUCUUCGAGCCGCCCUGCCAGGUAUACUGGAACUGGCUGGUCCAGCAGAUCCCGACGUGGGUCGCGCCGAACACGCUGACCAUCACUGGACUCGUUAUUAACAUAUUAACGACGGUCAUUCUCGUGUAUUACAGUCCCACCGCCACGGAGGAGGCUCCAGGUUGGGCCUUCUUUCUCAGCGCCUUAGGUCUCUUCAUCUACCAAUCACUGGACGCCAUUGAUGGGAAGCAGGCCAGACGGACCAAUAGCAGCUCAGCUCUUGGUGAGCUCUUUGACCAUGGCUGUGACGCUGUUUCUACAGUGUUUGUUGCUGUGGGAACAUGUAUAUCCUGUGGGAUCGGUGCUUACCCUUACUGGAUGUUUUUUUGUGGCUUCGUGGCCAUGUUCAUGUUCUUCUGCGCGCAGUGGCAGACAUACGUUUCCGGGACACUACGCUUCGGAUUGGUUGACGUGACAGAAGUCCAGAUUGCUAUUAUAAUCAUGUAUUUGAUGACAGCAUUUGGAGGAGUGAGUCUUUGGGAGACUAGGGUUCCUGUUCUUGGUGUGAAUUUGCAAACCUUUCCAAUUCUCGGCAUUAUCGGUGGCUUUCUGUAUUCAACCUAUAACUACUUCUACGUCAUCCUGAACGGUGGUGUGGGCAAGAACGGCUCAACCGUUGCAGACACCAGUGUAUUGUCUCCUGGUCUACACAUUGGCCUUAUCCUCUCUCUGGCCUUCAUCAUCUUUAAAAAGUCCUCCAGUCAGGUUUUCGAGCACCAUCCUUGCCUUUACAUCCUUACAUUUGGCAUGGUGAUCGCCAAGAUCUCGAAUAAGCUGGUGGUGGCCCACAUGACCAAGAGUGAGCUUCAUCUUCCUGACACAGCCUUCAUUGGUCCUGGACUGCUCUUUUUGAAUCAGUAUUUCAACAGCUACAUUGAUGAACACAAUGUGCUUUGGAUCGCCAUGGUGCUGUCCCUGGUGGAUCUGAUGCGUUACUGCACAGGCCUGUGCCUGCAAAUCGCCUCCCACCUGCGAAUCCGGGUUUUCAGUAUCACCCCACAGGGCCACACACAUAGAGACUGACAGUUUGCCCCGCGGGAGGAGGAAGCAGGAUCGAAGGAUGAAGACAUUGUCCCACUUCUCAAACUAGAGCAGGAGAGCCCCACCAACCAAAACCGCAAUGGCCUUGACAGUGUGACCAUCACAGACUAACAGAACUGAACGUUUUGCCAGGUUUGACCAGACCAUCUCGUAUCGUUUUCUAACCACACUGCUGUACACUAGAAUACAUCACUGGAUAAAAGGAAAGAGUUUAGAUAAUGUACAAAAUGUGGCCUUGGGAGUCAGAGGGUGGCCCUUGCCCUGAAAUGGUUCAUUCUGUGCAGGAACACUUUAGAAAUAGUUU